AAUGUUUGACUUUAACUCCACUGGGUUCAUCAAUCCUAGUACAUUCAUCCUUCUGGGUAUCCCUGGACUAGAGGCCUUGCACAUAUGGAUCUCCAUCCCCUUCUGCUCCUUAUAUGCUGUUGCCCUUUUGGGAAAUGUAAGCAUCCUUUUUAUUAUCAAGACAGAUUCCUCUCUUCAUGAACCCAUGUUCUACUUCCUCUCCAUGCUGGCCAUCACCGACAUUAUUCUCUCAACAUCAACUCUGCCUAAGAUGCUUGGACUAUUCUGGUUCAAUGAUCAUGAAAUCAACUUCCAUGCCUGCCUCACUCAGAUGUUCUUCAUUCAUGCUUUUUCUGGAGUAGAAUCAGGACUCCUAGUGGCCAUGGCAUUGGACCGAUAUGUGGCCAUCUGUAACCCACUGAGACACUCAUCGAUACUCACUAACCCUGUGGUGGUACGGGUGGGCAUGGUGGCACUUUUUAGAGGCUUAAUACUCAUGACUCCCCAUCCCUUCCUAGUGAGAAAAUGGCCAUAUUGUCAGACCAAUGUUGUCCCACAUACUUACUGUGAGCAUAUGGCUGUAGUGAAAUUGGCUUGUGCGGAUAUUUCUAUCAAUAGUCUCUACAGUUUGGCUGUUAUCAUCCUGAUUGUGGGUACAGACAUAACAUGCAUCUCUCUAUCCUACAUCCAGAUUCUCCGAGCAAUCUUCAGCCUCCCCUCCAAAAAUGCCCGCUUAAAAACCCUCAGUACCUGUGGCUCCCAUGUUUGUGUUAUCCUUACUUUUUAUACUCCUGCCCUUUUCUCUUUUCUUACCCAUAGAUUCAGUCAGCAGAUUCCUCAUCACACCCAUAUUCUCUUGGCUAAUAUGUACUUGCUGGUUCCCCCCACGCUUAACCCCAUCAUCUAUGGAAUAAGGACCAAACAGAUUCGGGACCGGGUUUUGCUUUUAUUCAAAACUAAGACCACCUGGAAAACUUGA